UUUUUUUAAGUAAUUCGACGUGGCCCUGCUCUUGAUUUGUAUUUAUUGUUUAUGGUUUGUGUAUUUCUUCUUCCUAUUGGACCACACAGAGUUGAAAAACAUUAUUUUUAAUAGAAAAUAAUAGGUGUAGGCUGGGCACGGUUGCUGACACCUGUAAACCCAGCACUCUGGGAGGCCAAGUCAGGCUGAUCACCUGUGGUCAGGAGUUUGAGACCAGCCCGGCCAACAUGGUGAAAGCUCGCCUCUACUAAAAAUAGAAAAAUUAGCCAGGGGUGGUGGUGCACACCUGUAAUCCUAGCUACUUUGGAGGCUGAGGUAGGAGAAUUGCUUGAACCCAGGAAGUGGAGGUUGCAGUGAGCUGAGAUCACACCACCGCACUCCAACCUGGGCUACAGAACCAGACUCUGUCUCAAAAGAAAAAAGAAAGAAAGAAAGAAAGAAAUGGAUGUAAUUAGGGAAUAAAGUUUUUAGGAGGAAGAAGGUAAAAUUUGAUGUUUGCGCUUCAAUGUGCUCCGUGUUGUUUGAUUGGAUUGCCUUGUAUAAUUCCAUAGCUGCUUCACUUAUUACCAGUUACAGCUUAUGUUUGAAGUCACAAUAAACUCUUCUUCAAACAUGAAAGCUUGAUUUUUGAGGAAAAUUAUUCACAUUAUUUACAGAUUCAAAGAUGUUUAUGUCUUGUACUCUAGAAAUAAGGAGAAAGUGGGUGGGGAUGGGGCAGUCAGGUGGAAUGGAGUGUCUUGGCAGUGUAAAGGAAAAAGAUGGAUGGAAAAGGUGUAGGGUGGCAGGGUGUGCCUUUGUUUCCUUAUUGAACAGGGCACCUUGCCAUUUGCAGUAUAUGGAAAAUUGAGGAAAUACAGUCUACUUCCGCAAAAGGCACAUACAAAGGGCUCUGUUUAGACCAGAGAUCAGCAAACUAUGGUCUGUGGGCCAAAUACAGCCCAGCACCUGUUUUUUGUCUGUUAUUUUAAGUGUAUAAUUCACUGAUUUUUACUAUAUUCACAGAAGCGUACAACCAUCACAACACUAGUGCCUGUUUUUGUAAAGAAAGUUCUCGUUGGGCUGGGCGCAGUGGUUCACGCCUGUAAUCCCUCGGGAGACUGAGACAGGCAGAUCACCCAAGCUCAGGAGUUCAAGACCAGCCUGGCCAACAUGGUGAAACCCUAUCUCUACUAAAAAAAUACAAAAGUUAGCAGGGCGUGGUGAUGGGCACCUAUAAUCUCAGCUACUUGGGAGACUGAGGCAGGGGGAAUUGCUUGAACCCCGGAGGUAGAGGUUGCAGUGAGCUGAGAUUGCCCCAUUGCACUCCAGCCUGGGCAACAGAGCGAGAGACUCCGACUCAAGAAAGUUUUCUUGGAACACAGAUGUGGGCGCUAUCUCCAACUGUCUUUGCACUUCUGAGUAAGAAUCUGAUGAUUGUGCACAGUGACCUGGCUGUUCACUUCCCUGCCAUUCAGUAUGCUGUGCUCUACACAUUGUAUCCUCAUUGUACCAGGCAUGAUCACUUUAUCUCUAGUAGCCUCAGUUCUUCCUCUCCUUCUUUGUUUGAUGGAGCUGUGAUUGGCAGUGUAACUAUGGCCACAAAGAAACAUUUCUCAAUUAUAUUAAAUCUUCUGGGAAUAUUACUUAAGAAAGAUAACCAGGACACGAGGAAACUGUUAAUGACUUGGGCUUUGGAAGUAGCUGUUGUAAUGAAGAAGUCCGAAACAUAUGCACCUUUGUUCUGUCUUCCGUCUUUCCAUAAAUUUUGCAAAGGCCUUUUAGCCAACACUCUCGUUGAAGAUGUGAAUAUCUGUCUGCAGGCAUGCAGCAGUCUACAUGCUCUAUCCUCUUCCUUGCCAGAUGAUCUUUUACAGAGAUGUGUUGAUGUUUGCCGUGUUCAACUAGUGCACCGUGGAACUUGUAUUCGACAAGCAUUUGGAAAACUGUUGAAAUCAAUUCCUUUAGAUGUUGUCCUAAGCGAUAACAAUCACACAGAAAUUCAAGAAAUUUCUUUAGCAUUAAGAAGUCACAUGAGUAAAGCACCAAGUAAUACAUUCCACCCCCAAGAUUUCUCUGAUGUUAUUAGUUUUGUUUUGUAUGGGAACUCUCAUAGAACAGGGAAGGACAAUUGGUUGGAAAGACUGUUCUAUAGCUGCCAGAGACUGGAUAAGCGUGACCAGUCAGCAAUUCCAUGCAAUCUCCUGAAGACAGAUGCUAUCUUUUGGCAGUGGGCCAUAUGGGAAGCUGCACAAUUCACUGUUCUUUCUAAGCUGAGAACCCCACUGGGCAGAGCUCAAGACACCUUCCAGACAAUUGAAGGUAUCAUUCGAAGUCUCGCAGCUCACACAUUAAACCCUGAUCAGGAUGUUAGUCAGUGGACAACUGCAGACAGUGAUGAAGGCCAUGGUAACAACCAACUUAGACUUGUUCUUCUUCUGCAGUAUCUGGAAAAUCUGGAGAAAUUAAUGUAUAAUGCAUACGAGGGGUGUGCUAAUGCAUUAACUUCACCUCCCAAGGUCAUUAGAACUUUUUUCUAUACCAAUCGCCAAACUUGUCAGGACUGGCUAACGCGGAUUCGACUCUCCAUCAUGACGGUGGGAUUGUUGGCAGGCCAGCCUGCAGUGACAGUGAGACAUGGCUUUGACUUGCUUACAGAGAUGAAAACAACCAGCCUAUCUCAGGGGAAUGAAUUGGAAGUAACCAUUAUGAUGGUGGUAGAAGCACUAUGUGAACUUCAUUGUCCUGAAGCUAUACAGGGAAUUGCUGUCUGGUCAUCAUCUAUUGUUGGAAAAAAUCUUCUGUGGAUUAACUCAGUGGCUCAACAGGCUGAAGGGAGGUUUGAAAAGGCCUCUGUGGAGUACCAGGAACACCUGUGUGCCAUGAGAGGUGUUGAUUGCUGCAUCUCCAGCUUUGACAAAUCAGUGCUCACCUUAGCCAAUGCUGGGUGUAAGAGUGCCAGCCUGAAACAUUGUCUGAGUGGUGAAUCCAGAAAAACUGUGCUGUCCAAACCGACUGACUCUUCCCCUGAGGUUAUAAAUUAUUUAGGAAACAAAGCAUGUGAGUGCUACAUCUCAACUGCCGAUUGGGCUGCUGUGCAGGAAUGGCAGAACGCUAUCCAUGACUUGAAAAAGAGUACCAGUAGCACUUCCCUCAACCUGAAAGCUGACUUCAACUAUAUAAAAUCAUUAAGCAGCUUUGAGUCUGGAAAAUUUGUUGAAUGUACCGAGCAAUUAGAAUUGUUACCAGGAGAAAAUAUCAAUCUACUUGCUGGAGGAUCAAAAGAAAAAAUAGACAUGAAAAAACUGCUUCGUAACAUGUUAAGUCCAGAUCCAAGGGAACCUCAGAAAUCCAUUGAAGUUCAAUUGUUAAGAAGUUCUGUUUGUUUGGCAACUGCUUUAAACCCGAUAGAACAAGAUCAGAAGUGGCAGUCUAUAACUGAAAAUGUGGUAAAGUACUUGAAGCAAACAUCCCGCGUCGCUGUUGGACCUCUGAGACUUUCUACUUUAACAGUUUCACAGUCUUUGCCAGUUCUAAGUACCUUGCAGCUGUAUUGCUCAUCUGCUUUGGAGAACACAGUUUCUAACAGACUUUCAACAGAGGACUUUCUUAUUCCACUCUUCGGCGAAGCUUUACGUUCAUGUAAACAGCAUGACGUGAGGUCAUGGAUGCAGGCAUUAAGGUAUACUGUGUACCAGAAUCAGUUGUUGGAGAAAAUUAAAGUUAAGUGGUUUUCCUUUUUUUUUUGUAAGAGAAAAUUAAAGGUGGUUUUUUUUUUUAAUUUUGCUUUAUUGAGGUUUAUAUUACACAUUCUAAGUGUAUGGUUUGAUGAGUUCUAACAUGUCUUCACUUGUGUGACCACCAAUAGGAUCGAGAUACAGAACAGCGUCUUACCCCAGAAGGUUCCCUUGGGAUCAUCUCCUCAUUUGCCCCUGUCAGCAGUUACUGAUUUGCUUUCUGUCACUGUGGAUUAGACUUGUCUUUACUAAAGUUUCAUGUACGUGAAAUCAUAACGACAUGUUCUCUUGUGUUUGGCUUCUCUUGCUCAGCAUGAUAUUUUUAAGGUUCACCCAUAUUGCAUGUAUCAGGAAUACAAUCCUUUUUAUUAUUGAGUAGUGUUCUAUUGUAUGUAUAUACCACAGUUUAUUUCUCCCUUCAUCCUUUGCUAGAUUUUGGGGUUUUUUCACAUUGCGCUCUUCAGUAUAAACCUGCUCUCAACAUUCAUGUGCAAGUCUUUGAGUGGACAUAUAUUUGCGUUUCUCUUGAGUGAAUGCACCUUGUUGGGUCACGUGGCUUAACUGAAAAAAAUUUUAAUCACUGUGGUGCAUAUGUAGUGAUUAUUAGUGAUGAUCUCAUAAUUUUAUUUUCUUGAUGAUUAAUGAUGUUGAGUGUAUUUCAUUUGUAUUUUAGUUUGCAAAUGUUUGUUCAAAUUCUUCACCCGUUUUUAAUGAAGACGUAAGACUUAUUUUUGUGUUCUGAACGUAAGUUCUUUGUCACACAAAAUGUGCUAUGAAUGUUGAGUUUUAAAUACUCCAAAUGAAUGGCUAGAGAAUUACUAUUUGUAGAAAUAUUUAUAUGUCAAAGGGAUGCUAACAAUUUACUUUAUUGCUCUAAAAUAGAAAAGUUGCCAGAAUGCUGUGGAGUUUUAGUGGAAAACAUGAUAGCUGGUGUUACUGAGUAAAUUUGAGUAUUAAAUGUCAGUGUAAGCUAACGGCCAAGAUAGGGACCACUGCAGGGUGGUUACUUGCAGCUAUGACUCAGCUGGUCCUUCACUGCCAAACAUACCUGGGGUUGGAUCAUUGGCCUGACGUUUGCAAAUUGAGGAACCUUAGGGCAAAUCAGUGAACUUCUGAACUGCCUUCGUCUUCAGUUAUAUGGGGAUUUCCCCACUUUUGAGAUACUUGUAAGGAUUAUAUGAGAUGAAGAGAUGAGACAAGGUAUAUAAAAGUCCUAGCACAGAGCGUGUCAUAUAAUAUGGCUUCACAAGUACCCUCAUCUCCUUUCCAGUCGUUUUUUGUUUUUGUUUUUGUUUUUGUUUUUGUUUUUGUUUUUGAGACCAUCUCACUCUGUUGCCCAGGCUGGAGUGCCUCUUCAUUUUUAUUUCUUUAUUCAGCAAGUAUUGAUCAAAUGUGCUUUGUACCAGGUUCUGAGCUCUACGUUGGGAUAUAAUGGUGAUCAAGGAGAUUGUAGAUUCUGGCAGGGAAAACUUGACAUCAAACACGGUGACCCGACAUAGUGAGACCCUGUCUCUACUAGAAGAUUUUUAAAAAUCACCUAGGUGUGGGCCGGGCACGGUGGCUAACGCCUGUAAUCCCAGCACUUUGAGAUGCUGAGGCGGGUGGAUCAUGAGGUCAGGAGAUCGAGACCAUCCUGGAUAACACGGAGAAACCCCGUCUCUACUAAAAAUACAAAAAAAUUAGCUGGGCGUGGGGGCGGGCAUCUGUAGUCCCAAUUACUCGGGAGGCUGCCGCAGGAGAAUGGCAUGAACCCGGGAGGCGGAUCUUGCAUUGAGCCAAGAUCACGCCACUGCACUCCAGCCUGGGCGACAGAAUGAGACUCCAUCUCAAAAAAAAAAAAAAAAAAAAAGAAA